UUCCGGCUAGCGGUGUACUGUUAGUUAGAGCUGUUUUCACGGCUAACGAAAAUAUACCGGGACUUUAAACAUUUCACAGCUCAAAAUGACAGAAGAGGUAGAGGGGUCAUCUUUGCUCGCCAACAAUGGAGACUCCUAUUUUUUGAUUAACUUCAUAUUUUAAAGCGACGUGUUGUCGUUAGCCCGAACAAAAUUAGCAUAGCUGGCUAAACCGUGACAAUCGGUAACUAGCUGACGAAAGAGGAAAACUGUCAAGCGGAGCAAAUAAUUAACUUGUUUCUAAACCAGUCGUCUGGAGUGGCAAAAUGGGAGCUUUUAAAGGCAUUGUCUUCAAAGUGACGUUGUCUUAAUUUUGGUCUAAUUUGAUGAAGAGCGUCAGUAUUGAUCAGGUUUCCCACCCCUGAAGGCAGUUGAUGUAACUAAGACUGGUCUUUGGCUGUCAACGUGUCUCAUGGGUUCAGCUGACAGCUUGGGAAGGUAAACAGCAGGAGCGCCACGCCGACCUGCUGCAGGACCCGGAACACAAUUUCCUGCAUCACAACUUUUUUUUUCUUGGCACAUCUAUAGCAGAUAUCGUCUUACGUGAAACGACAACAUUCCUUUCCUACCUUUUGUUUGCGCUUCUAAGUUUUUGUCGUGCUCACUCUUGGACAAUCUGCUCUGUUUUUAGGUCAUCGCAGAUAUUUGAGCAGCAAACUGCGAUACAACAUAUUAAACCAGACAGCGGAUAUUAUCUGAUAUCUUAGAGUCAAAGCCACUCAUACCUUUAAAGCAUGAUCUCAGUGAUAUAUCAACGGGAAGGCGUGUGUUUGUGUUCUUUAAUUGUUUGGUCAGGGCAGUAGUUAUGACUAAGUGUUUACACAGUAACAGACUCUAAGCUGGAUUACAUGCACACAUUGCAGCGAUCUUCUCCACACACCACCAUGUUGCCUGUCUUGUUCUUACUGAUGCUGUUUGGAGCGUCGUGCAGCUUUGGAAAGCCUAUGACAAGAGAAGAGAAGCAAAAGUUGAGGAACCAAGUGGUCGAAAUGUUUGACCAUGCAUAUCAGAAUUAUAUGGACCAUGCAUACCCAGCAGAUGAGUUGAUGCCUCUAACUUGCAGAGGAAGAGUACGUGGGCUUGAACCCAGUCGAGGAGAUGUGGAUGAUGCACUCGGCAAGUUUUCUCUGACCCUCAUAGACACUUUGGACACUUUGGUGCUUUUAAAUAAGACAGCAGAGUUUGAGGCUGCGGUGAGGAGAGUCCUGUCAGACGUACGGCUGGACAAUGACAUCGUGGUGUCAGUCUUCGAAACCAACAUUCGAGUCCUCGGUGGUCUGCUGGGGGGUCAUUCCAUGGCUGUGAUGCUGAAGGAGGGUGGGCAGCACAUGCAGUGGUACCAGGACGRCCUCCUUCAUAUGGCCAAAGACAUUGGACUCCGACUGCUACCAGCCUUCAACACCAGCAGCGGCCUGCCUUAUCCCAGGGUUAACUUGAAACACGGAGUCAGGGGUCCUGAGACGCGAACGGGCACAGAAACGGACACUUGCACUGCGUGUGCAGGGACCAUGAUCCUGGAGUUUGCUGCCUUAAGUCGCUUCACUGGGGACCCUGUGUUUGAGGAUCAUGCCCGGAAAGCCCUGGACUUUCUGUGGGAGAAGCGACAGAGAAACAGCAACCUGGUUGGAACCACCAUCAACAUCCACUCAGGGGAGUGGGUCCGAAGAGACAGUGGAGUUGGAGCAGGAAUCGACUCGUAUUAUGAAUACCUGCUAAAGGCCUACGUGCUCCUGGGAGAUGACGAGUUUCUGCAGCGGUUCAAUACUCACUAUGCAUCUAUAAUGAAGUACAUCAGCCAGCCUCCUCUGCUGCUGGAUGUCCACAUCCACAAACCUCUGCUUCCUGCUCGCACCUGGAUGGACUCUCUGCUGGCCUUCUUCCCUGGACUGCAGGUGUUAAAAGGGGAUAUCCGACCUGCAAUUGAGACUCAUGAAAUGUUGUACCAAGUCACCAAAAAACACAACUUCCUCCCAGAGGCCUUCACUACUGAUUUCAGGGUACACUGGGCUCAACAUCCCCUGAGGCCUGAGUUUGCAGAGAGCACCUAUUUCCUCUAUAAGGCCACAGGUGACCCUUACUACCUGGAAGCAGGCCGCACCAUUCUGUACAAYCUCAACCGGUUCGCCCGUGUGCCCUGUGGGUUUGCUGCCAUGAAGGAUGUCCGCACGGGGAGCCACGAGGACCGAAUGGAUUCCUUCUUCCUGGCUGAGAUGUUUAAAUAUCUCUUCCUGCUGUUUGCUGAAGAAGAGGACCUUCCUUUUGACGUGGAGGACUAUGUCUUCACAACCGAAGCCCACUUACUGCCUCUGUCUCUCUCCACAGCUCCUUACACCUCAACCCCUACCUCAAACAGAACUUCAAGCGAAGAGCUGGAUGACUCCAACUUUGACUGGACUUGUCCCAACACCCGACUCCUGUUUCCUGACCCCGCAUUUCCUCGCAAYUUGAGAGAGCCAAUACGUAGUGCUGUGGAUAAAAGCUGCCCGCGUCCUGCCUCGUACAGGGAGCCUGGUAUGGGCCGUCCUCCUCUCAGGGCUCAGGAUUUCAUGGCGAACAAUCCCGAACAUCUGGAGCUGCUAAGGAGGAUGGGAGUCAGCCUCAUCCACCUGAAAGACGGCAGGGUGCAGCUGGUCCAGCACGCGACACAGGCGGUGAGCGCCGUGGCAGCAGAGGAYGGCGUGCGAUUCAUGCAGGAGAUGAUGGAGCUGUCCAGCCAGCAGCAGAAAGAGCAGCUGCCUCCCAGAGCCAUCCAGAUCGUCUCAYAUCCCUUCUUCGGCAGGGUUGUGCUGACCGCAGGACCAGCCCAGUUUGGCACGGACUUGUCCAAAAGUGCCACAGGGGUCCGAGGGUUUGUGACGGUGGCUGAGCCUUACAGCGGCUGCUCUGAGAUCACCAACGCUGAGUACGUCCAGGGCCACAUCGCUUUGCUCCAGAGGGGUCAGUGUAUGUUYGCAGAGAAGGCCAGACACAUCCAGAAGGCGGGCGCCAUCGGAGGCAUCGUCAUCGAUGAUAACGAGGGCAGCAGCAGUGACACRGCCCCGCUGUUUCAGAUGGCCGGAGAUGGACGUAGCACAGAUGACGUCACCGUUCCGCUCCUCUUCCUCUUCCACAAGGAGGGCAACAUCCUGCUGGAGGCGCUGAAGGAGUACAGGGAGGUGGAGGUGCUGCUGAGCGACAAAGCCAGGGACAGAGCUGCCAUAUUCAAAGGUAAAACUCCUCCUGGAAGCCUGAUUGAGGGCAGUGCAGACAUGCCGGAAGCAGAGGAGGACAGUCAAACCGAAGCAACAACUCCCACCUCGUGUGACGCCGUUAGCCAGUCGCAGAUGAGCACGGUGGAGCUGGAUGAAGUUCCUCCCGCGCAGGAGGAGGUCCGUCCCGUCGCUUCUCCCGCGGAGCAAGCGCCGCGAGAAGAAACGASCGCCAUCCAUCCACAGGCUCAGCCUAAAGAGGAGAGAGACUCUGAGAAAACGAAGGAGGCCGAAGGCGGCGCGGGCCCCAGCAGGCAGUCUGUGGACGAGCUGCUGGCUGAUUGGCARGAGGACUUGGAGGCUUUCAAGCAGAUGGAGAAGGAUGAGCUCUGACACGUGAUAUUCUCAGACUGUGGUUUCGACCCAGCACAGGGAGAUGACCUGGAGCGGGCGUAUCAUGUCACCAGUCUCCAUGUGAUGAACUCUGAGGAAGCUGCCAUUGAGGUUUAUCUUGUCUCUCUGUGGAAGUUAGCACGCACAAAUGCAGCCCACGUACUGUAACUCUGGACCACAGAGGUGUCCUUAGGUAGACGAUGAACGAGAGACYAGGUUCUUACCUCACCGUCUGCUAAACCACUCAAACCAGACUGUAACUGCACCUCACCUCCAGUCGCUCUGUUGUUCUCUCUAUGCAUUAACGACUCGUCCGUUUCUGUUCCAACAACUCUUGCUCACUUGUUAAUCCAUUGACCAACUAAUUUUGUUCUUAUUCAUUAAUCCAUCGACCAGCUGAUUUUAUUCAAAUGUGAAGAUUAUUUGUGAUGUUUUAUUUAAUAUUUUAAUGGUCUAGGGUCUAAUCUAAUAUACAUGUUGAGGAUCAGUAAACUCGUUAAUGUGGGAGGGGCGGUGUUUGGUGAUAUAAAUUAUUUUUAUGGGCCUGUGGUGAACAAAAAAAACAAACAAACAAGAUUCUUUCUGGAGUACGCAAGAGAUMGUGUGUAAAUAUUUAUUUAUCCAGAUGCAUCAAAUGAACUGAUUCAGCGCUGUUUGCCUCGGGUUCUGGCUUCCACCACAAACAGCAGCAGCACUUAGACCACGUUGGAGGAAACACUCCCUGGAACGUGCUGGAUUUACACAUCUGUAAGCCACCACAGGGUGGCGCUGUCAGGUCUGUUUCUUCUGCUGCUGGAGUGAGCAGAAAUCAGCCUCUGAUUUAACAGGAUCAGGUCAAUAAAAUGUUCAAACUAA